AUACUCAAUAACCACGACCGCAAUGUAAUACGUUUGACGUGCAGAAGAGAAACUGCCGUCCGACGACUUUUUGUAUGUAGAGAGAAAAUAGUACCGUUAGAGUGAGCUGCAGAAAGAAGUAUGUGUAGUCUCAUUUUCCUUACAGUAGGGUUGCCACUUUUUACUCGGCUGGACUGGUUUCUCUACAAGUGUUAAAGACGGCUGCUGCUGCUGGAAAUGUCGACGAAAGCUUUUCAAACUCAGUUGAGUCAAGUUAUUUUGAAAAGAGCGCAGAGUGAAUUGGGCGAAGACGAGGAUCGCAGACAACAAGUGAUUGCCAUUGUCAAGAAAUGGAUGACUCAGCAGCCACAUUUGCAGCGAAUACGAUUAGAUGAGUAUUCAAUUAUUUGCUUCGCGCGCGGAUGCAAAUACAGCCUGGAGAAAAUCAAGAUCAAAAUUGAUUUACAAUGUACUUUGAGAACGGCCCUGCCGGAAUUCUUCACCGGAUGGGACCCGAUGAAACCGAGAAUCCAGGACGCACUUGCAUGUGGGUCGUUCCUCCCGUUGCUGGAUUACGACCAGCACGACAGAAAAGUCAUCAUCAUGCGGCCGGGCUGUUUCGAUCCGAUGCUAUUCAAAGCGGAAGAUAUCGACAAAGCCAAUUUCAUGAUCUCCGACACCAUGGGCCGGGAGGACGAGCAAAUGUUUGUCACCGGCAUGGUCAUCAUCGUCGAUGUCCAGGGAUUUUCACUCAACCACCUCACCCAGAAGCCGCUCGCCCUUUUUAAAAAGCAGAUGUAUUUCUUGCAGAGCGCUCCGAUAAGUCCCAAAACGAUCAACUUUAUUCGAACCAAUUCCGUCUUCCAUUCGGCUUAUAAUAUGGUGACGAAUAUGCUCAACGAUAAAAUGAAGCAACGGUUAAAGGUGCACGGGUCCGAUUUCCGAUCGCUGUACAAAGAAAUCGACCGCAGAAUUCUCCCCAAGGAUUACGGUGGCGAUGGACUUUCACUUGCAAAACUCACUGAUUUAUGGAAACAAAAAGUCGAGGAGCAAAGGGAUUCCCUGAUGGAAUCGGAGAGGAAUUUGCGUGUCGACGAAUCGAGACGUCCGGGCAAAGCCAAGACGGCCCAAGAUAUUUUUGGCAUCGAAGGAUCAUUCCGCAAACUCAACAUAGACUGAAUUUAAUUUUCCAAAGACCAUAACUUGCUAACAGUGACAGUGUGUCCGUUUAUUCCGGCGAAAUCUCCUUAUAAUGACUCACUCAAUUGAAUAGAAAUAUUUACAAACUUUUUUCCAGGAAAGGUUGUUCAAAAGUUGGUGAUUCUCUGAACUCUGUUAACGAUUUAAAUGUGUUUUUUCCCAUAAAUUAACUCUUAUGUUACUAGGCCCAGAACUGAGUGAGAGAAUUUAGAGAGAAAGUCAAUUUUUAAUUUCAAAUUGGCUUAUUUUAUUAUCACCGCCAUGGUUACUGUUUAGUUAACAAAUUUGCUUGGCUUCUCAGGGAAGUUUGUCUGCAUGAAAAAUGGCGUCGGCCACAAAUUCUUUAGUUAGUCGGCUGUGAAAAUGCUGUGAGUCUGCCAAUUCAGUUCAUUGUAGAGAUUGUGUUGAGCUUUUUAACGUCGACAUAAUCAUCACCAUUGAUCCCUCAAAACUCGAGAAUAGCCAAGCCUGGCAGCAUCAUCUGAGCCUAUCCACCGACGUUAAAAAAGGAAUACCAAAUUCAUCAAAAUGGAGCCAGCAGCAGAUUGAUGUCGCUCAACUCACCCGAUUCCCUUGUCCAAAAUGCCAAUUGGUUUCCGCACUCGCAACCCUUCCGUCGCUGACUGGCAUCUUUUGACAUGGACCGUUACGCUGGCUUCUUGAUCGUGUCGCUUAAAGCGAAGUUGAAAAGUUCUAGGUAAGUAUGUCUGAAAUUUGUUAUCCAUUAAUUUUAAUCGUGUUUUUUUUUUAAUGCUUAUCUGGUCGAUGCGUAACUGGCAAUUUUUCACGGAGGCGGUGGCUGGUUUAACACUCGCGUCAUUGGCUAAAUUUUCAAGGGAAAUUCAUGCAGGCGAUUUCAUCCAUUAAAGAAUAGAUUCUCUUCUUAGGUGCAUCUAAUAUUCCAAUUACUUAACAUUCUGCUUCACUUUUAGACGAGUCCAGCUCUGUCGAGUUUAUUUGAGUUGCUACUGGAAAUCAAGAAAGAAGAUUCUUCCGUUUUAUUGAUUCCUCAUCGCCUAGAAUAAAAAGCUAAACCUGGUAAUUCCCCUAGUUGUAGCACGCCAACGUUGCAACAAUUUUUCUACGAGGAAUUCAAAAUUAGUUUCAACUUAUCUUCAUUCUGACGUGGGGAAAAGUUGGUAAGCUGUUGUGUUACUUCGCAAGGUUCUAAAAUCCAGUGCAUUUUUGCUACAAUCAUCGAGACUCAUUUACUUAAAAAAAAGCUUUGAAGAAAAUUAAUUUGACAGUUUUCUUUCAUCAUGAGCAGUAAUUUUUAUUUUGAUUGUCAUCACCUUCCAAUAUGCAAUAUCAUCGUCUAAUACUGCCAGGAAAAACAUUUCAAUGUAUAUCCUGCGCAACAGCGAUUGAAAUCCUUGUUUAACGUCAUAUUUCUACGAGACCCAAAACGUGAAAACCCUACUGCCCUAUAAGAGUCCCACUUCUUUCCUUGGUAUCGUUUGAUAUCUUCAAUUAUUUUCAGAGUCAAUAAACUUUUUUCAUUCAUUA